GUUGUCUUCUGCUGUCCUCCUGCGGGUGUGACUCAGCUGACACCAUGAGUAGCGACUCUGAAAUGGAAGUGUUCGGCACAGCCGCUCCUUUCCUCCGAAAAUCGGAAAAGGAGAGGAUUGAGGCUCAGAACCAGCCCUUUGAUGCCAAAACCUAUUGCUUUGUGGUUGACUCAAAGGAAGAAUAUGCCAAGGGGAAGAUUAAGAGUUCCCAAGAGGGGAAGGUCACUGUGGAAACUGAAGACAACAGGACUUUGGUGGUCAAGCCAGAGGACGUGUAUGCCAUGAACCCCCCCAAGUUCGACAGGAUCGAGGACAUGGCCAUGCUGACUCACCUGAACGAGCCCGCGGUGCUGUACAACCUCAAGGACCGCUACACGUCCUGGAUGAUCUACACCUACUCGGGCCUCUUCUGUGUCACUGUCAACCCCUACAAGUGGCUGCCGGUGUACAACCCCGAGGUGGUGAAUGGCUACCGAGGCAAAAAGCGCCAGGAGGCCCCGCCCCACAUCUUCUCCAUCUCCGACAACGCCUAUCAGUUCAUGCUGACUGAUCGUGAAAACCAGUCCAUUCUGAUCACCGGAGAAUCCGGAGCAGGAAAGACUGUGAACACCAAACGGGUCAUCCAGUACUUUGCAACAAUUGCAGCUACUGGAGACCUCGCCAAGAAGAAGGAUUCCAAAAUGAAGGGGACUCUUGAAGAUCAAAUCAUCAGUGCCAACCCUCUCCUGGAGGCCUUCGGAAAUGCCAAGACUGUGAGGAAUGACAACUCCUCCCGCUUUGGCAAAUUCAUCCGAAUCCACUUUGGGACCACUGGGAAGCUGGCCUCUGCAGAUAUUGAAACUUAUCUGCUGGAAAAAUCAAGAGUCACCUUUCAGCUGAAGGCUGAGAGAAGCUACCACAUCUUCUACCAAAUUCUUUCCAACAAGAAGCCUGAGCUCAUAGAGCUGCUGCUUAUUACAACCAACCCUUAUGACUACCCGUUCAUCAGCCAGGGUGAAAUCCUGGUGGCCAGCAUUGACGAUGCUGAGGAGCUGUUGGCUACAGAUAGUGCCAUUGACAUCCUGGGCUUCACCCCAGAAGAGAAGUCUGGACUCUACAAGCUGACGGGGGCUGUGCUGCAUUACGGGAACAUGAAGUUCAAGCAGAAGCAGCGAGAGGAGCAGGCCGAGCCGGACGGCACCGAAGUGGCCGACAAAACAGCUUAUCUGAUGGGCCUGAACUCCUCAGACCUCCUGAAAGCUCUGUGCUUCCCCAGAGUGAAGGUUGGGAACGAGUACGUUACCAAAGGUCAAACUGUGGAUCAGGUUCACCAUGCUGUGAACGCCCUUUCAAAAUCAGUUUAUGAAAAGUUGUUCUUGUGGAUGGUCACUCGCAUUAACCAGCAACUGGAUACGAAGCUACCAAGACAACACUUCAUUGGUGUUUUGGACAUUGCAGGCUUUGAAAUCUUUGAGUAUAACAGCCUGGAGCAGCUGUGCAUCAACUUCACCAACGAGAAACUGCAACAGUUUUUCAACCACCACAUGUUCGUGCUGGAGCAGGAGGAGUACAAGAAGGAAGGCAUCGAGUGGACGUUCAUCGACUUCGGGAUGGACCUGGCUGCCUGCAUUGAGCUCAUCGAGAAGCCUAUGGGCAUCUUCUCCAUCCUGGAAGAGGAGUGCAUGUUCCCCAAGGCAACAGACACCUCCUUCAAGAACAAGCUGUAUGACCAGCACCUGGGCAAGUCCAGCAACUUCCAGAAGCCCAAGGUGGUCAAAGGCAGAGCCGAGGCCCACUUCUCCCUGAUCCACUAUGCGGGCACUGUGGACUACAGUGUCUCAGGCUGGCUGGAGAAAAACAAGGACCCUCUGAAUGAGACUGUCGUUGGUCUGUACCAGAAGUCCUCCAACAGGCUCCUGGCACACCUCUACGCCACCUUUGCCACAGCAGAUGCUGACAGUGGAAAGAAGAAGGUUGCCAAGAAGAAGGGUUCUUCCUUCCAGACUGUCUCUGCCCUUUUCAGGGAAAACCUGAACAAGCUGAUGUCAAAUUUAAGAACGACUCACCCUCAUUUUGUGCGCUGUAUAAUUCCCAACGAAACCAAAACCCCAGGGGCUAUGGAACAUACCCUGGUCCUCCAUCAGCUGCGGUGUAACGGUGUCCUGGAGGGCAUCCGCAUCUGCAGGAAAGGAUUCCCAAAUAGGAUUCUUUAUGGGGAUUUUAAACAAAGAUACCGAGUGCUCAAUGCCAGUGCAAUCCCUGAGGGACAAUUCAUUGACAGCAAAAAAGCCUGUGAGAAACUUCUGGCAUCAAUCGAUAUUGACCACACUCAAUACAAGUUUGGACACACCAAGGUGUUCUUCAAGGCUGGCUUGCUGGGAACCUUGGAAGAGAUGCGGGAUGACCGCCUGGCCAAACUGAUCACCCGGACGCAAGCUGUGUGCAGAGGGUUUCUCAUGCGUGUGGAAUUCCAGAAGAUGGUGCAAAGGAGGGAGUCCAUCUUCUGCAUCCAGUACAACAUUCGUUCAUUCAUGAAUGUCAAGCAUUGGCCCUGGAUGAAACUAUUCUUCAAGAUCAAGCCCCUCCUCAAGAGUGCAGAGACUGAGAAGGAGAUGGCCACCAUGAAGGAAGAGUUCCAGAAAACCAAAGAUGAACUUGCCAAGUCAGAGGCCAAAAGGAAGGAGCUGGAGGAAAAAUUGGUGACUCUGGUACAAGAGAAGAAUGACCUACAACUCCAAGUACAAGCUGAAAGUGAAAAUUUGCUAGAUGCUGAAGAAAGAUGUGAUCAGCUGAUCAAAGCCAAAUUCCAGCUGGAGGCCAAGAUCAAAGAGGUGACGGAGAGAGCUGAGGAUGAGGAAGAGAUCAAUGCUGAGCUGACAGCCAAGAAGAGGAAACUGGAGGAUGAAUGUUCAGAACUCAAGAAAGACAUUGAUGACCUUGAGCUGACCCUGGCCAAGGUUGAGAAGGAGAAGCAUGCCACGGAGAACAAGGUUAAAAACCUCACUGAGGAACUGGCCGGGUUAGAUGAAACAAUUGCAAAGUUAACCAGGGAAAAGAAAGCCCUCCAAGAGGCCCACCAGCAGACCCUGGAUGACCUCCAAGCUGAAGAAGACAAAGUCAAUUCUCUGAGCAAAAUCAAGAGUAAGCUGGAGCAGCAAGUGGAUGACCUGGAAAGCUCCCUAGAACAAGAAAAGAAGCUUCGGGUAGACCUGGAAAGGAGCAAAAGGAAGCUGGAAGGAGACUUGAAGCUUGCCCAAGAGUCCAUAUUAGAUCUGGAGAAUGACAAGCAACAGCUGGAUGAAAGGCUCAAAAAAAAGGAUUUUGAAUAUAGUCAACUACAAAGCAAAGUGGAAGAUGAGCAGACUCUGGGCCUGCAGUUUCAGAAGAAAAUCAAAGAGUUGCAGGCUCGAACUGAGGAGCUGGAAGAAGAGAUUGAGGCGGAGAGGGCGACCCGCGCCAAGACAGAGAAACAGCGCAGCGACUAUGCCCGAGAGCUGGAGGAGCUGAGCGAGCGGCUGGAGGAGGCGGGUGGCGUCACCUCCACCCAGAUAGAGCUGAACAAGAAGCGGGAGGCGGAGUUCCUGAAACUGCGCAGGGACCUGGAGGAGGCCACCCUGCAGCACGAAGCCAUGGUUGCCACCCUGAGGAAGAAGCACGCGGACAGUGUGGCCGAGCUCGGGGAGCAGAUCGACAACCUGCAGAGGGUCAAGCAGAAGCUGGAGAAGGAGAAAAGCGAGUUCAAGCUGGAGAUCGACGAUCUCUCCAGCAGCGUGGAGAGCGUGUCGAAAUCUAAGGCAAAUCUGGAAAAGAUAUGCCGAACUCUGGAGGAUCAGUUAAGUGAGGCCAGGGGCAAGAAUGAGGAAAUUCAGAGGAGCCUGAGUGAGCUGACCACACAGAAGUCUCGACUUCAGACUGAGGCCGGUGAGCAAGUGCUAGCCGAAUGGAAGACAAAGUGUGAGGAGAGCCAAGCAGAGCUGGAGGCAUCUCUGAAGGAGUCCCGCUCCCUGAGCACUGAGCUCUUCAAACUGAAAAAUGCCUACGAAGAAGCCUUAGAUCAACUUGAAACCGUAAAACGGGAAAAUAAGAACUUAGAGCAGGAGAUAGUAGACCUCACAGAACAAAUUGCUGAAAGUGGUAAAACCAUCCAUGAACUGGAGAAAUCAAGAAAGCAGAUCGAGCUGGAAAAGGCUGAUAUCCAGCUGGCUCUUGAGGAAGCAGAGGCUGCUCUUGAGCAUGAAGAAGCCAAGAUCCUCCGAAUCCAGCUUGAACUGACACAAGUGAAAUCAGAAAUUGAUAGAAAGAUAGCUGAGAAAGAGGAAGAGAUUGAGCAGCUGAAGAGGAACUACCAGAGGACGGUGGAGACAAUGCAGGGUGCCCUGGAUGCCGAGGUGCGCAGCAGGAACGAGGCCAUCCGCGUCAAGAAGAAAAUGGAGGGAGAUCUGAACGAGAUGGAGAUCCAGCUGAGCCAUGCCAACCGCCAGGCGGCUGAGACCCUCAAACACCUCAGGAGUGUCCAAGGACAGCUGAAGGAUACCCAGCUGCACCUGGAUGAUGCUCUCCGGGGCCAGGAGGACCUGAAGGAGCAGCUGGCAAUCGUGGAGCGCAGAGCCAACCUUCUGCAGGCCGAGGUGGAAGAGCUGCGGGCCACUCUGGAGCAGACGGAGAGGAGCAGGAAACUGGCUGAACAGGAGCUCCUGGAUGCCAACGAGAGAGUGCAGUUGCUGCACACGCAGAACACCAGCCUCAUCCACACCAAGAAGAAGCUGGAGACAGACCUCACGCAGCUGCAGAGUGAGGUGGAAGAUGCCAGCAGGGAUGCAAGGAACGCUGAAGAGAAGGCAAAGAAGGCCAUCACAGAUGCCGCCAUGAUGGCUGAGGAGCUGAAGAAGGAGCAGGACACCAGCGCCCACCUGGAGCGCAUGAAGAAGAACCUGGAGCAGACGGUGAAGGACCUGCAGCACCGUCUGGACGAGGCCGAGCAGCUGGCGCUGAAGGGCGGGAAGAAGCAGAUCCAGAAACUGGAGACGCGGAUCCGAGAGCUGGAGUUUGAGCUCGAAGGGGAGCAGAAGAGGAAUACAGAGUCUGUCAAGGGCCUGAGGAAAUAUGAGCGGCGGGUCAAGGAGCUAACUUACCAGAGUGAAGAGGACAGGAAGAACGUGCUGAGAUUGCAGGAUCUGGUGGAUAAACUUCAAGUGAAAGUCAAGUCUUACAAGAGGCAGGCCGAGGAGGCUGACGAACAAGCCAAUGCUCAUCUCACCAAAUUCCGAAAAGCUCAGCAUGAGCUCGAGGAAGCUGAGGAGCGUGCUGAUAUUGCAGAAUCUCAAGUCAAUAAGCUUCGCGCUAAGACCCGGGACUUCACCUCCAGCAGGAUGGUUGUCCAUGAGAGUGAAGAGUGAGCAAGCCCCUUCUAGAGCAGGACAGAAGAUAUGCAAAAUGUAUAUCUUCAUGGUUCCUGACCAUUAUACUUAAUUUCCAUGUGGCUCCUUUUCACAUGCAAUAAACUUUGCUUU